AUGGUGCUGUCUCAUGGGAAUACACACUCCCACACUGCAAAGAUGGAACAGAUAAUCACUGAAUUUUUCGCAAAAUGUCUUCAUAUAAUACUUGAAUCGGGGGUACUUCAUGGGUCUUCGCGUAAUUCUUAUGGUGAUGGUGAGAAAUCGGAUUUAUCACCGUGUUCGUCUUCUUUGCCUUUACCGAGUGUGAGACAGAGGGAUAAAUGGUUCAAUUUGGCACCACGGGAGUGUCCUGCAGCGUUGGUGAACUUUAACAAUCUUGAAUGCCUUAUCAUUGAUGUGAUUUUGGUUCACAGGUCUCUAGAUUUGGACCCCAUGGCCCCAAAAAGGGUUCUUCCUAAGAUUUCUUCACUGAAAGAAAGAUAUCCACUUUGCUACCAUGGAGAAGAAUUAGGGGUUGAGGCAAAAAGUGAAAAGAUUGUGGAGAUAUGGGUUGUGCAGUAUGAGAAUAGGAAAAUAAAUUAUUCUAAUUCUAGAACUAGGAGGUCGAGCAAUUUUUCGUUGCAAAACUUGUAUAAUAAAUUAACUGAUAUCUUGAGAUCUUUAUAUGCCAAAGUUAGACUUUUACCUGCCUAUAAAAUUUUCAAUGAUCUUAGUUUGUCUGAAAAGAUUCGUCCCUUUACCCUUGCUCAUCGCGUGUCUUCUUUUGUUGAGCCGUUCACACUAAAAGAGGAGUCUGAAAUGAUGAAAUAUAGGUUUACUCCUGUAGAUACUUCUUCUGGCAGGCUCUGCCUUAAAGUGAUAUAUUGCCCCUCAGCCUCGAAUUUGAUCGGUAAUAGAUUACAUUCUCUAUUCCCACCAGUUAUUCCUGACUAUGUUGGAAGCCCAUUGGCAGAUCCAUUGAGGAAGUUCUCAUCACUUUCGCCAAGACGACAUAGUUCUAAUUUCGAUGAUUGUAAAGCCUCGUCUACUUCCAUCACUGAUUCAUAUUUUCCUAUAUAUUCAAAAUCACACAUCAGUGUCUAA